AUGAAUAAGGACAACUCAGAAGGGCCAUCGGUUAGAUCAGCGAAUCCCUACGAUCAGCCCCAACAAGAUGCGGCUUUCAUGAAGGAGGUCGCUGACACUCCUGAAGCCAGCGCCUGUGAGCUGAACUGCAAUCUGGACGAAGUUCAGCCUGUCUGCGGAAGCGAUGGACGUACAUAUCUGAAUCCCUGUCUCCUGGAACACUACUCCUGCCUCAACGCGCAGCGAUAUGGCAAGCUGCCUGUCCGCGUACAAUCCUGGGGCUACUGUCCCACAAUCGAACUGGGUUAG